AUGUUCGUUGUCCUAAAUUUCACCAGUAACAGCAGCAGCAGCUUCAGUUAUUCUGACUCCACGAAUGAUGUGUGCGUUUUCCAAAGAACCACUCCGACAAUAACCAUAUUGUUGGUCUAUGGACUGGCUGUUCCCACACUGGCAUCCUUCGGGCUGUGCACGAACUUCAUUAAUGCUGUGGUCUUUAUGCGACCCAAGAUGACACCGUCAGCAUUUACCUAUUUAGCCGCACUCGCCUGUUUGGAUUGUCUAUCCUGCCUGCUCAUCACGUUGACGGCUCUCUCGAGAAGCUAUUUCUAUCACAGUCCCGCUUGGACGGCCUAUGAUUAUCAGUGGCAGACACCACUGUUUGGAAUCAGCACAGGAGCUGCCAAUUUGAUAUUGGCCUGCGUCAGCAUGGAUCGCUUCAUCUAUUUGUCCCGCUGCAAGGCUGCCAAUGGUGCACCCAGAUUCUGUCGUCGUAAGGUCGCCCGAUUCAUGAUCUGCGGCGUCUGUCUAAUCUCAGUGCUCGUUAAUAUGCCUUACUUCUUUAUCUUUGUCGUCGAUCUGGAUACGGCCACUUGUCAUGUCACCAAUUUCUAUUACUCCAAGCUAUACCAGUGGCACAAUUGGUUCUCCUUUGCCCUAUUGGCUCUUAUUCCAGCAAUAUUCCUGCUCAUUGGCAACACAGUCACCAUCAUUGUCUUUCGUCGUUGGACCAAACAGAGCAAGUUGUGCCACCAAAGCGCCACCAAUAACAACGUGCGCACCACCCAGAAACGCUAUCAGCAUCAAAUGAAGCUAACGAUCAGCAUUGUCAUAGUCAUCACAUUAUACAUGGUGGGUGAGCUGCCGGCGCACAUGACCUCAAGGAAGAGCUCACUCAAUCUGCUCUUUGGCGGUGAUGCCAAUAAGGUGGAUGGCGAGCUCAUGGAGCAUCUGGAGCUUAUCUUCAUUACAUUAAAUGCCCUCCAACUGAGCCUGAACAUUGUGGUCUAUGGUGUCAUCAAUCCCUGUUUUAUGCCCGAAUUCUUUUCGUGCCUGCGUGGUGUCUCCGAUGUCUGCUUUAAUUUGUGCUGUCUGCCAGCGAUGUCGCGUGGUUGUCGUCGUUGCUGGAGAUGGACGCAGCGUCGAGAUCAGCCAACAGCCGAGGAACGUGUAGUCAGCUGUGCUGCACCACAACAGCUCCCAGCGGAUGAGGCACCUAGCUGUGGCUGCGAGAGUUGGAGCAGCGAUUCUGGUUGUGAAAAUGAUGUCCAUUGCAGAACAGCCACAGGAACGUUUGCCUUUGUGAACGAAUUUGACUGCGAAGCGGAUGAGCAUGAACCGCAACCGGAAGUCUUUCUCACCAAAUCCAGCGGUUGUAUGCAGCCGGCAGAGGCACGGAGGCAAUUGCCCGAUGAUGAGUCUUACUUUAGCUCGUUUAUUAUAUUAACAUAGUUGUAUUCUAAUAAAUACCAAUUGACUUCAAUAU